CCCAAAGUUCACUCAUCUCCAUAUUUUUCACCCAAAGACUCGCUGACAUCCCUAGUUUUAGAGGACAAGAAAAAAAAUAUUCUUGAACCAAUGGACUGCAGACACAGUACAGGAGAUGACCAGAGACUGCGGACACAGUACAGGAGAUGACCAGAGACUGCGGACACAGUAAGGAGAUGACCAUUGACUGCGGACACAGUACAGGAGAUGACCAGAGACUGCGGACACAGUACAGGAGAUGACCAGAGACUGCGGACACAGUACAG